AUGGCCGACGGCAAGGCGACUCUGGCGCGGGGAUCUACCGCUGCCCCGGUCGGCCGGUCGUCGCCCCGCUUCCUGCUUCCUCGCGCGAGUGGCAGCCGUCUUCCCGACUUGCCGUCCCAGCCCAGCAGCCCCGAUCUCGUUCUCGGCGGCGGGAUCCGGGCGAAUUUCGACGGCUGGCCGGCGGAGGAGUCCCUGGAUCGCUGGGGGCAGUGGGUGGCGAAGCUCCGCGCGCUGCACGAGCCCCUGUGGCGCGAGCUCGGUAUCCUGGAGGGCAUCCUCGCGACCAUGUACCGCGUGCAGCGCGGGGGCGAGGGCGCGCUGCUCCAGCUCGUGCCCUUCUGGUCCUCCGAGACCAACACCUUCGUCUUCCCUUGGGGCGAGGCCACGGUCACGCUGGAGGACGUGGCCGUCCUCGGGGGCCUUCCCCUCGUCGGCGAAUCCGUGCGCCAGCCCCUGUCCGACCAGCUCCAGAUGGACGACGAGCGCGCGCUCGGGGCCGUCCGCGAUCUCCUGAUGAACCGGAGCAAGGGCACCGGGUGGAUCAAGUACUUCCGCAUCCGCCAGCAGCGCCGGCGGCCAGAGGACCAGCUUCUCGAACACGGCGCGUUCCUCUCCAUGUGGCUCUCCCGCUUCGUGCUCCCGUCGCCGCCGUUCGACGUCGCCGUUCCGGGGGAGGAGGUGAUCCCCAUCGCCGUCCGCCUGGCGCGCGGCCAGAGCGUGGCGCUCGCCCCCGCCGCGCUCGCCAGCAUCUACAGCGACCUCUCCGCGCUCCGGUGCCACUUCGUGUGGGCAGAGCGAACGGAGGCGCCCUCGGUCUCGGCGCCGAUGCACAUCCUCCAGCUCUGGGUGUGGGAGCGCUUCCCCGAGCUCCGCCCAUCGGCGCCGGCGUGCAUCCCGGACUCCGCCGGUGGCGACGUGCCGGUGCCGAGGGCUGCCCGCUGGCACGAUCUUGCUGGCAGGGCUCUGGACCCGGGCUACCUGCGCGCCGUGUUCGCGGCACCGAAGGUGUUCGAAUGGCGCCCCUACGGAAGUAGGGCAAUGCUGUCCUUCGCGCGGUGCUUGCACCCGUGCGAGCUCGUGGGCAUGGACUCCGUCGAGCAGCACCGGCCUCACCGUGUGGCGAGGCAGCUUGGGUUCGACCAGGACGUGCCCGGGAUCGUGACCCGGCUGAACUCAGAUUCUUGGGAGAAAGCAUGGGAAACAUACGAUAUCGGCGCAGCAGGGGAUUAUGCAUCUGCUGUUCCCAGUGACAAGCCAGGUGUGACGGAUGAGUAUGCUCAGUGGUGGAAGCAAUACUCACUGUCAUGUGCUGCUACCGCCGCUGCUGAGAGGGCUGUUACAGGUAAGGGUAAGACACGCAAGAAGAAGGUAACAUUUUUGGAUGGCCAGGGUAAAAAUGGGAGAGGAAAUGGAGAUAUCUUGGCAUCAAAUAAAGGGUUUGGUCCUUGCUUGAAAGGCUCUGCACAAGCCAGCAAGAAGGGAUCAGCAGGAAACCGUGAGAGGUCGUCUAGCAGGCUGGGACAAGGAAACAUUGAACUGGGUAGCAGUGAAGUUUGUACAAAAACACUCUACUAUCUUAGGCUAUCUGAUCGGUCGAAAGAAGCUUGGGAUAAAGAUGCAAAUAGCACAAGUGCAGAUAAUGGUUUUUACCACCCAAAACGAGCAGUUGGGACGGAGGAAAUGAUUCAAAAGGCAUCUGAGAUACGACAGGCUGAGAUAGCUGCACUGAUAAAAAAUAUUGCUAAACUGGCGACAGAGAUUCGGGAGGAAGAGGCAGCUGAGGCACUCAAGAAGUAG